AUGCCAUUUCAGGCGCGUGGUGCGACAGCAUCUCCAGACCCGCACGAGCAAGAGCUCGAUGCGGACCUCCAGACGAUACGCGCAGAGAUUCGGGCCCUCCAACGCCGAAAGCGCUAUCUCGCAUCAAGUCUCCUAUCCUCCGACUCUAUCCAGAAGCUCAUGCGCAGGCCCUCGCAAACACCCACCUCACUCCAAGAAGACGUCUCUCCCCUUGCCGAGGCCGCCGGAAAACACGCCGACUCGAAUCACCAUCGCAUCGCAUUUGGCACGACCGCGUUCCCGUUCAAAGAUCCCUCGCCCAGCGCGACCCCCGGGAACCUCCUCGGGGUCCGGAUCGACGUGUGCACGCGAGGCGGUCGCUUCGCCAAACCAUACUAUGUUCUGUUGAGGCCGGAGCGCGAGAAACGACUCCGAGUUCAUCGGCAUACCAUACCCUCGUUCAUCGAUUUGCCUCGUCUGGAGAAUGUUUAUUUACCGUCGACGGGAUCGAGGGUCGAGGGUGGAAACAGGGUGGAUGGGGCCGGGGUACAAAAGGGUGCGCGAAAUCAAGAUCUUCGUGGAUUUGUGCGGGAGCUCCGGCGUGAGCUGGCGGCGUGGCAUUUGCGCGAGGACACGGUGCAGUUGUUGCGCGAAAAGCUGGGCCUGUGUGAAGCUCUGUUGAUUGAUCCGGUGGAUCGACUGACACCCGAGGCUAGGGGUGGGAUCGUUGCGUUGGAACCCACUUCGAUGGAGGCUCGAUAUCUUCGACUGGAAUGGGAAGACGGCCGAGUCGGGCGGUUGAAGCUGUCUAAUUCGGGGAUUGUGGAACGGGCAGUUGUCAUUGGGGAUGACGGCAGGGACAAAAUCAUGGAAGAUGCAAUGACUGGCGGCGGUGGUCGUGUUGAAAGUCUUCUUGAGCGGUUGAGGGACCGUAUUGGCGCCACUUGA